UUCUGUUUUCUUUUAACAUUAUUUCAGAUUGCCAAGAAGCUGAAGCUGAAGAUGAAUGAAGUUGACUUCUAUGAACCAUUCAUGGAGGAACCUGUCUCGAUUCCAGGAAAGCCCUACAUUGAGUCUGAGCUUGUUGAAUACAUAGAACAGCAUGACAGGCCCACUCUGAGGAAGCUUGAGCCUCACAGCAUGUACGAGAUCUGGGAGGAUGACAUUGAUGGAGAGCACAUUGUUGCCUUUGCUGAGGAAGAUGACCCAGACGGUUUUGAAUUCCUGGAAAUCCUGAAGGAGGUGGCACGCGAGAACACUGAUAACCCCAACCUCAGCAUCAUCUGGAUCGACCCUGACAAUUUCCCCCUGCUGGUGCCAUACUGGGAGAGGACCUUCCAUAUUGACCUCUCUUCUCCUCAGAUUGGUGUGGUUGAUGUCGAGGACGCCGACAGCGUGUGGAUGGAAAUGGAUGACGACGAUGACAUGCCCUCAGCUGACGAGCUCGAGCAGUGGAUUGAGGAUGUUCUGUCUGGAAAGAUCGACCCAGAUGAUGAUGAUGAUGAUGAUGAUGAGGAUGAUGAUGAGGACGACGACGACGAUGACGAUGACGAUGAUGAAGACGAUGAUGAUGAUGAUGAUGAGAUGCAUGACGAUGAUGAUGAUGAUGCGGAUGAUGAUGAUGAUGAUGAUGAUGAUGACGACGAUGAUGAUGAUGAUGAAUAAAUGUUCACUACUUCACUAUGAUCUAGUCAGUUACGGCAAAACCCAAAAGUCAUUUUGUCAACAUGUUGCAGCAAACACACUUUGUGUCUGUUUGCUUCCUGUAUGGUUUCCUGUUAGGGACAAAUAUAAUGACCCUAUGGGAAACUUUCACUCAGUCAGGGAAGGAGAUUUUUCAAAGAAGCAAAGGAUUUGCAUCCCUGUUGAUGAACAGGGUUACAGCUUAAAAUGUUCGUGCAUUAUAUGUCCUUUGUUACGGUAUUAAAAUAUGCUAGUCUCACACCUCGGUGGUCCACAGUGAAUGUGAGCAGAGGCUAACAGAGGCUAACUUCCUUGACAUUUUCUACCUAAUGUCACAGACUGGGGUUCAUCCCUUUCUCAUUUUCUUCAAUUUACUGUAAUCCUGUUUCAAUUACAUGUUUUCUACUUGAUGCAGAGAAGAAACACUUUCUUGUACUAUUUUUAAAGAGAAUAAACCUAAACUCACUGGACAGUCUUAAGAUUAUUACAAUCUUGGAAAACUAUUAAAGAACCAGAUAAUAAAAAAAUACAGAAUAAUUUGUUUCUGCUCUCAUAUUAAACAUGAAAGACAAAAAUAUUUUAAAACCAAA